UCCGUCGCUCCUGGUAGCAGCCUCGAGCGUGCGCGCUGCCUGUGCUUGGCCGCAAGUUCUCGUGUCCCCCCUCCCUCACCGUGAAUGCAGUAGCAAGAGUCACCUAAACAGAUCUACUCCCGUCACUCGUUACACCCGCUCACUCAUUACUUUGGUCCUCGCCAGACCAGCGGACACCAGUACUUUACCAUGCCUAAUGCCUCUGCGGUGCGGCCUCGAGAUGGAAGCUCUAACGGCGGUGGACUCUCUACGUCAACCAUCAUCAUCAUCGUUGUCGUAUGUGGUGCUGUGUUCAUACUCGCCUCCGUCCUCUUCCUCUGGCGGUUCGUCACACGUCUCUUCCGCCGCAAGAAGUCGAAUCCCCUGCCGCCAGUGCAGCUUCUCGCGCAUCAACGCGAAGCACAUGUCGUUUCACUAAUGGAGCGCAAAACACUCUACGCCAUCGACACGGACAGUAUGCUCGGCCUCACGUACAAGAAUGGCCUUGCGCACACAUCGAGCGACGGCUCGUUGACUCCUGGUGGUUCGGUCUACCCGAGCCGAUCGAACAGCGCCAACGCCGAAGAUGCCAUGUCCACCGAAACUGUAUCUGCGCUCGGCCAGCCGCUUUCGGUAGACACUGCAGUCCUCCCGAACGUCAAUGUGGUACGCACGCCCUCAAGUGAGAACUUGCCGCAAUCAUCAAGCACGGCCCUCUCGGACGCGUCGUCUAUACGCUCCCAUGUCACGUCCGCUAGCGGCCAUCUGGCAAUGCGGACGCCCACCCGUCCCAUUCCGCGCUCGCAGUCCCGGCCGUUGUCCAUGACAUCGUCAAUCGCCACGAUGCAGACGUUCCAAAGCACCCAGAGCAGACGCAGCGUUAUCCGCGGGGCACCGCACAGUCGACACAGUAACAUCCAGAUCGUCCUCCCCGCACCACUGGCGCCCGACUUGUAUCCAUACGAGCAGCUUGCGAUGAACACAAUGGGCUCAAGAAGCAGCUAUUUCUUCAACAGUGGCCAAGACGAUGCCUCGGUCCGCGGGAGCGUAGCUUCUGAUCACAGUAUACAACCAGGCAGCCGCUCAAUGAGUCUGAGCGGCAUACCAGAGUCGUUCGCUGGACCAGUCCCAAGCUCAAGCAACGCUCGACCCCCUCGCAGUCUCUCGCAGCCUUCGCGACCUUCUGCCUCGCAUCAGUCAUUCCGACGGAGCCAGUCUCAGUCUCGAACGGAGAACUCGCCCUUGCGCAGUCAAAUCACGGCAUAUCUGGAGCAGUCCCCACCUCCGCCCGUACCGCAGAUACCAGCAGAAUUCAUCGACAUGCCGAGGACUAGCCCGGAUGCAGAGGAAUCAUCAUACAGACAAGGCCGCCCAGAGCCCGUGCGUCGUGGGUCGACGCCCUCUGUUUCUGUGCGUCCCGCGCGGGAACAGAGCCGCGGUCGGUCGCAGCAAGCAGUCGCUGCGCAUGCGACAUCAACGGAUGCUGAGCAGACACGGUCAUCAGAGCCGCGUAGACAAGCUUCGCGCUCACAUUCACGAAGGAACACGCUGCGGAAACCGCGGAGGGACGUAGAGGCACCGCCUUGAUGCAUGGGCGUGGGCGUGAAGGUCGCUCGCGCUGUAGUUCCCGAUGUCCAUAUCGCGGUGUAGGAUGUAUGCAUGUGUCGAAACACUCAUAGACGAUGGCCGAGUCACGGACAUCAACACAACACGAACGAACAUUUUUGUCCGUCAAUCCCGCAUAACUUAGUAGCAACGUUGUUAUCUGCACCUAGCACACUGACACUGAACACAUUUUUGCUGUCAUAAGGUGCGUGGCAGCUUGUCCCGUUCCAGCGCCGCGCUUUCGCCGCAGUCUGGUAGCCGCAUUAAUAUCG